UCUGUAUUGAGCCCCCUUCUGUAUAAUAUCUAUUCCUCAGAUAUUUGCGCGGGGGCGGACCAGAGCUGCCUUAGAAAUUUACUAUAUGCAGAUGACAUCGUGGUAUAUGUUUGGGGAAGGGAUAGAUUGGAAAGAGAACGUAGCUUAAGCGAAGCUAUUGAACGGAUUAUAAAAAACCUGAGAGACAUAGGCCUGGACCUGGUAAUGGAGAAAACACAAUGGAUGACUUUUACUAAAAAUAGAGCCAGGAAAGGGCUUAAAUCUUCCAUCCAAAUCGGAGGGGAGAUAGUGGAAUGUAGCAGAGAGGUUAGAUUUUUAGGGGUGGUUUUGGAUGAGGGCUUGUCGUUUGGGGGAUAGGUGGAUUAUAUCUGUAACAAGACCAAAAAGCGUCUGGAUAUUCUAAGGUACAUAGCAAGCAUUAGAAAAGGGGUAAACCCCCGGACGAUGAUCGUAUUUUUUAAAGGUCUCGUACGUUCGGUGAUAGAAUAUGGAAUCUUCACGUAUUUCUGGUUAAAUAAGAAGGGGAGGUAGAAGUUGUCUAAGUUGCAAAAUGCAGGUUUGAGAAUCGCAAUGGGAUAUAGAAUAACCACUCCCAUUAAUGUGAUGAAUGUGGAGACCGGAGUGGCUGAUUUAGAAACUAGAGUAGAACUCCUGAUGGAAAGGUUUAUGUUCAAGCAUAGAAUUAAGACCGAUAGAUUGGUUAGAAAGAAUCUCGAGAAUGUUAUUGUGAUGAGAGAGGAGGAAGAAUGGGAGAGUAUGGAACCCUGGGCAAGGGCCUGGGUGAAGUUAGAAGAAUGGACUGAGUGUUGUAAAACGGCGGAAAUGAGUAGAGAAGAAUGGGUGGAGGUGGGUACCUUUUUAGCUAAAGGGGGCUUUAAAGUCAACUGGGAAAUGGGAAAGAGGAGAAAACAAAUUGAGAUUCCCGAUAGGGCCAUGUUUAGGGAAAUUAAUAAUGGUUUUUGGAAUGGUAUGAAUGCUGACGAGGUAGUGGAAGUAUAUACGGAUGGUUCUAAGAAACGCGGCAUGGACGCGGUAGGGUCCAGGAUGGUGGUUAGAGGCACAAACAGUGAGUGGGAGGAUUUUGGCUGGUUCUUGAAUAAGGCCACUUCAGUCUUCUCUGCCGAGGCUUACGCGAUUCUCCAAGCGUUGAGAUACGUCAAUGAUAAGCCAAAGAACCGCAAAUUCUUGAUUAUCACGGAUUCGGCGAGCGUGUUGGAGAAGGUUGCGCAUGUGGGGAAAAACCAGGGGGAUUGCCCCUGGUGCUUUGAGAUAGUCAGGAAAUUAAGAAAGAAUGCUCUUUGGAAUGAUAGAGAAGACGUGAAUGCCAUGAAUGUGGCUUUCGCGUGGGUACCAAGCCACGUAGGAAUUGAGGGUAAUGAACGUGCGGACCUCCAGGCGAGGCUCGCAACGAGGGGAGAGGAGGAAUUGGGGGUAGGUGUCUCCAUCCGAGACAUUAGAUUGUAUCUGUCAGAAGGCGCAUGGGAAAGAUUUAUUAAUAGGAUGACUACAAUUGGUAUGUCGAAAGAAGCAAAAUAUUUCAGUAAUCCCAAAAAUAACGUGGGGAAUAAGAAACCGUGGUUUUUUAAAGUCACAGGGGUAGAUAGGGAAGUACUCACAAGAAUGAGUAGGCUGAAGGCGAACCACUUCAAUUUAGGAGAGUCGUUGUUUAGGAAAAAUCUAAUUGAAAGUAAAGAGUGUAGCUGUGGCUACGGAGAGGAAUCGAUUGGGCAUGUAGUUUGGGAUUGUGAAAAAUUUUUGAUGGAUAGAUUAGACCUGAAUUUGUAUUUGGAAGAAAGGGGGUUCUCCCCCGGCUCGGAUGUUUUGGAUAUUUUUAUGAGUGGAAACUUGGGGGUCUGCAAAAAAAUCUCCAAGUUCCUGAAUAAGUUGGGUAGAAUUAUAUGAGAAUACUGUU